GGGGUUGAGGUAUCAACACUUAUUCCUAAGGUCAUGUUGAGGUAUCCCUGCAGUGACGUGGGAGGGGCCUCGAAUACUGCCUUCUCAUCAAAGCCCAGUGAAAAAGAAUGACCACCCGGCGUGCUCAUCUUGAGGAUGACCUUUCCUGUCCGAUCUGUGGACAUAUUCUCAGUCAGCCAGUGGUGCUCACUUGUAGAGACAGAUUCUGUAAAGCCUGUCUGAAAGACAGCUGGGAGACACAAGGCAGCGAGUGUUCGCACCACUGUCCUCUGUGCUGGCGCUGUUCCUCUAUGGAUCAAAUUGUGGUGAGCACUCUGCUGGAGAGGUCCUGUGAAUCCUUCAAGAUGAACAGAAGCUGGAAUGACCCAGAGGCUUGUAGGGAGCAUGGAGAAAAGCUCACAUUGUUCUGUUUGGAGGACUUGGAGCCAAUCUGUGGUUUAUGUGGGAAAGCAGCUGCACACACUGGGCACAGGCUCUAUCCCAUCAGAGAAGGUGCUCAUGACUGUAAGGAGGAACUGAAGAAUGCGCUGCUGCCUUUGAAAGAGAAGUUGCAGCUGUACAAGAAGGCGAAAACGGUCUGUGAGGAAAUAGCAGAACAUGUCAAGCACCAGGCUGAACAUACCGAAACACAGAUCAAGGAGGAAUUUGAAGCCCUUCACCGUUUCCUAAAGGAGCAGGAGGCUGCCAGGCUUUCUGCUUUAAAGGCCGACGAGGACCAGAAGAAUCUGAUGGUUACUCAGAGGUUUGAGGAGAUGAACGAUGAAAUAGCAUCUCUCUCCAACACCAUCAACUUAGUGGAGCAGGAGAUGAAAUCUCAAGACAUCCCAUUUCUUAAGAAUUACAAGGAAACAAUCAAGAGAACCUGGCGACCUACCCUCGAUCCAGAGAUGAUCUCUGAUGCUUUGAUUGAUGUGGCCAAGCACCUGGGCUCCCUGAAAUAUAAAGUGUGGGAGAAGAUGAAGAGAGUCAUCAAAUAUAAUCCUGUGAUCAUUGAUCCAAACACUGCAGCCAGCUGCUUCGUCAUCUCAGAGGAUCUCACACAUGUGCAGAACUCUACCCAGAUUUUCAAGCUGCCGGACAACCCUGAACGAUUUGACAUCAGUGCUGAGAUGCUGGCUGCUGAGGGUUAUACCACUGGACGCCACAGCUGGGAUGUGGAGGUCGGGGAGAACACCUACUGGGUGGUGGGUGUAGCCAGCGAGUCCAUCAACAGGAAGGGCAAGCACGUGCUGACACCAGCUGAGGGAUUCUGGACUAUAAGGUUUCGUAACGGAGAGCACAAGGCCUGCACUGCACCAUGGGAGCCGCUGAACAUGACUAGGAAGCCUGAAGUGAUAAGAAUAGUUUUAGACAUGGACAGAGGCAAGGUGACCUUUUACGACCCUAGGGAGAGAUCACCUCUGUACACCUUCACAGAGGUCAUCACACCCAGAGCCUUUCCCUACUUUUGUACUGCCUGCAAAGAGCAUCCACUGAAAAUCCUACCCACGAGGAUACUCGUGGCAAUGGACUAGUGAAUGGACUGAUUUGCAUUGGAGACAUAUCGCCAUUAUUUGUGUAAAGAAAUGAAGGGCUGUAACUGGGAUAUUACAGAACGGCACUGCCAUUUUUUUAAUGAAUGACAUGAAACAGAGAUGUUUUAAAAUAUUUAAUCUGAGUUAGCUUCAACAAAAAUGUAGUCUCGGAGUGGAUCUGAAGUUGUAAAUAGCUUGAACACCCAUAUAUUACAACACUGAUAAAAUUUGUACAUAAAAUGACAGUCACUAUGAGUGACUUAGCUUUGCACGACACAAAAUCACUUCUGUGAUUUCCACAAUCUGUUGAGCUCCUUUCCAAAAAAAGCAUUUAAAAAAAUGAAACACAGAUCUGAUGUUUCAUAUAAGGCACAUAGAGUAACAACUUUUGUGUAUUUGCAAACCCGUGCCAGUGUUGUUCAAAGGUUGGAAUAUGACAAGUGAGAUUAGUUUUCCAUUGCAUUAAAACAAAGACUAUGGUUAGUGUUUGAUCUAGUAGCCACAUGUAUUGCAUGUUCAAGUCUCAUCUUUCAGCUUCAUUCAAACACACAUCAGUAACUUCACUGCUUCACUCAAGUAUUGCUUAAACCUACACAGAAUUAUUCUCGCAGCACAUUUCAUAAAUGGGUAUAUACCCUGUAAGAGCUUGGCCUGUUGCUACCCUUCGCUGUCCUAACAUUGUUGUAACAUGUAUCCUGCUUCAAAUGGGGUGUGAGAGAUACCCACUCUAUGUGCAGUGAUGCUCAAAGGCUUUUUGAGGUGUGCAUUUAAUAAUUAAAAACAAGUUAUUAAAGGGAAUACAUGCCCUCA